GACUUCAAAGAGCAGAUCAUCCACCACGUCGCCACCAUCAUCCUCAUCAGCUUCUCCUGGUUCGCCAACUACAUCCGUGCCGGGACGCUCAUCAUGGCCCUGCACGACUCCUCGGAUUACCUGCUGGAGUCUGCCAAGAUGUUCAACUACGCCGGGUGGAGGAACACCUGCAACAACAUCUUCAUCGUCUUCGCCGCCGUCUUCAUCAUCACCCGCCUGGUCAUCCUGCCCUUCUGGAUCAUGCACUGCACGGUGGUUUAUCCGCUCGACCUCUACCCCGCCUUCUUCGGCUACUACUUCUUCAACUUCAUGAUGGUGGUGCUGCAGUCGCUGCACAUCUUCUGGGCCUACCUCAUCAUCCGCAUGGCCCAGAAGUUCAUAACUGGAAAGGUGGUGGAGGAUGAGAGGAGUGACCGCGAGGAGACGGACAACUCGGAGGAGGAGGAGGAGGCGGCGAAGAACGGGCCCCUGUCCAACGGCCACCCCGUCCUCAACAACAACCACCGCAAGACCGACUGAGCGCCCCCGACCCAGAGCUGCCACCUCCCGCCGGGACCCCGGA